GCCAACGUCCAACACACGCUCGACGCUGUUCAAAACGAUUGCCGCAAUGCUCGGACUCGUUCGCGCUGCCACCCGCCCGACGCGCCUCGCGAGCUCUUUCGCCAGGGCUGCCGCAUCCGUGCACACCCUUCCUGCUCUCGACUACCCUUACAAUGCCCUUGAACCACAUAUCUCCGGCGAGAUCAUGAACCUACAUCACACUAAGCACCAUCAGACCUAUGUCAACGGCCUAAACGCUGCUGAAGAAGCGUACGCCAAGACUGAAUCACCCAAGGAGCGCAUUAAGCUCCAGGCUGCCCUGAAGUUCAACGGUGGAGGUCACAUCAACCACACCCUUUUCUGGAAGAACCUCGUGCCCGAGUCCGAAGGUGGAGGCAAGCUUGCAGACGGUCUUCUUAAGCAAGCCCUCGAGCGUGACUUUGGUUCUAUUGAUAAGUUCAAGAACAAGAUGAACACUGUCACAGCUGCCAUUCAGGGCUCCGGCUGGGGCUGGCUCGGCUAUAACCCUGAGACGGGCAAGCUUGAGAUCGUCACUACAGCCAACCAGGACCCGCUUCUCUCACACGCUCCCAUCAUCGGUAUCGACAUCUGGGAGCAUUCGUUCUACCUUCAGUACAAAAACGUCAAACCUGACUACCUCAAGGCUAUCUGGAAUGUCAUUAACUUCAAAGAGGCUGAGAAUCGCUUCGUAGAGGCUACCAAAUAGUCUCCUUAGCCAACCAUGUAUGCCACGCAGUCUGUACAUUAGUCGCAUCUAUUCAGGACAAUUACUCCAUGAGAUCAUGGACCUUGCAGUU